AUGAAGAGAAACAUAGACUUAGUUCGAAAGGGGCUUGAGAGCGAAAAUGAGGAAAGCGGAAGUUCUGAAAGUGAACUGAGUGAAAGUGAAGAGCCAAGAAUGAAAGUUGUUUUAAACAGUCUUUCCGAAGCGGUGUCUAGGAUGCGAGCUUCUGAUUUGUUGCAUAGUAUGACCACAUCCAGAGAUAUUCUGUUUUGGACUCGUCGCGGAAAGCUGCUUCGAAAUAAUCGCAUAAUACCGGUCGUAAACAUCGCCCAGCUAGUUGAGUAUGUACGUGUAUUCCUUCCUUAAAAUGAAGAAGUGACCAAACCUGGUGCACUUAAUACGUUCCUUGAUGGACAGGCGGAGUUAGGAAUCGAUAAGCGCUUAAUUGGGAACAAAAAGCUUUUAUUCGACUUGAUAGAAAAGGAAAAAAGUUACGGAGAUAAGGAGAGUGAUACUUCAUGAGGAAGGUUCAUGUGACGAGGACGGAGAAGAGGAUGAAAUGGCUUCUGAAAAUAAUAGUGAAGAAGAGGGCAGUAAAGAGGAAGAGGGUGUUAAAGACAUAAUUGAAAUCGAAAGCGAGGAAACAGAAAGUAGCGAUUCUGAAAACUCAGUAUAA